AGCCAGAGUCAGUCCAUCAAGUGAGCCAGAGUCAGUCCAUCAAAUGAGCCAGUCAGUCCAUCAAGUGAGCCAGAACCAGUCCAUCAAAUGAGCCAGUCAGUCCAUCAAGUAACCAGAGUCAGUCCAUCAAGUGAGCCAGUCAGUCCAUCAAGUGAGCCAGAGUCAGUCCAUCAAGUGAGCCAGAACCAGUCUAUCAACUGAGCCAGAGUCAGUCCAUCAAGUGAGCCAGAGUCAGUCCAUCAAGUGAGCCAGAGUCAGUCCAUCAAUUGAGCCAAAACCAGUCCAUCAAGUUCGCCAGUCAGUACAUCAAAUGACAAAAACCAGUCCAUCAAGUUCGCCUCCCGUUCACAGCACAGGCUCCCCCUUUUCCUGUUCGCCUCCUUCCACCGCGAUCGUUCCCCCCACUCCUCCCCCACCUUCCUCCCCACCUUCCUCCCCUUAAAGCGAACUCCGCAACAUCGCCCACGGCUUUCAUUUCGACUGCCCGCGAGUGGAAUCUUAACCGAACGGUCUCUAAUUCGACUCUGGUGGUGGUGGUGGUGAUGAUGGUGAUGAUGAUGAUGUUUCGUCAGGGUCUUCUCGUGCUGGCAUUCGUGUCGUGUUUCGGCUGCCGAUCUGAAGCUCGCCUCCACCUGGAGUCUCCCCCACUCGCCCCGCUCGAGUCACGCUUCCACGCGCCCCGCACGCGCCGCUCCGCGCUGCUCGCCCUGCCGCGCUGCCUCGACUUCCUGCUCCCACCGGAGCGCCCCCGGGCACCCCCCAGCGGAGGAGGAGGAGUGGGCGGGGGCGGUGGCGGUGGCGGGCAUCCCGCCCGGGUGACGGGAGAGCCCAGCUCGACCCGCUCGCUCCGCGUGGUCGUGUGGGCAUCGCCUCGGAGCCGCGGGGACGACGCUCCGCCCGAACUCAACCAUCCCGAAACAAUACCGGGCUACCACACGGGACUAGCCAAUUCAAGCCGCCUAUACUACGUGGCCAUCCUCCCUAUCCCGCCGUGCGAGGUGCAGUGGCCAGACAUGGGACGCUCUUCCGCUGUGCCGACAACAAGGACAACAUCAAUGUCCAAGACCUCAUCAUCAUCUCCAACCAUGUCCAAGAGCCCAUCAUCAGCAGCAUCAUCAUCUACAACUUUAUCCAAGAGCUCAUCAUCAUCAUCAUCAGCAUCCUCAUCUCCUACCAUUGCCACCAACAAAACAAAGACCGUUACAAUCUCGUUGCCGCACAAGUCUCACAACGCCACUGAGGCCGUCACCGAGACCGCCAGUGAAAGUGCCGACCUCCCGCGGUUCCUGCCCAACGAGGGUUUGGAAGACGAUUCGCCACCCGGCGACGUGGCCGAAUCCACCCUGAGCAGAGCCCCGGGCAUGCAGGACACGGGGCCUAUGAAGGGUGGGGAGGGGGGGAACGUGGGCCGUGGCCCGCCGGAGAAGCAGAAGAAAGGGACCCUUGCUGGGCACGGGCGUCCAAAGCGCCCACAGGAGUCUGAUGUGGCGCCGUCGGCGGCAAAAGAUGCGGUGGGGAAAAAGACACUUUUGAAAGUGCAAGUCUCCUUUAAAGAUGAUGACGACGAUGAUGAUGACGAUGAUGAUGACGACGAUGAUGACGACGAUGAUGAUGACGACGACGACGACGAUGAUGAUGAUGACGACGACGAUGACGACGAUGACAAUGAGGAGAUGCAAAUUGACGACGAACCUCUGUCGGUCAGAAGGGGGAGCAAUGUGAAGGAGGGGGAGAAGGUGGCAGCCGGUUCUGCGGGCUAUAAAUCUUCGAAAGAAAAUAGAAAGAAUCCCACAGGUGUCACCGUGGCCACUUCACGCGAGGAGCCGAGUCGCCGGAGAGGAGGAAGAGAAGACGAAGAAGACCUGGAAUUGUUGCUGAUGGAACUCGUACGAGGGUGCCCCGCCACCGCCGCUCCAGGCUCUGCUGGACCUCGCGGAAGCCUCUCGGCUCAACGGCCGACACCACCGGGCCACGCCGUCAACUCCACCACCGGUGCCGACGAUCAGGGCAGUGCCACGUCCGUAGGCGCGGCGGGCCCCUCUGGCCGUGAGCAAGACGGUCGGCGCGAAGGCCCUGCGGAGUUGCGGGAUGGCGGACGGGCCACGGGUGACGGUGAUGGAGCGGGGGGCGGCGGCGGUGGUGGCACUGUGGGUGCCGCGGGCGCCUCGCGUGGACUCGACGCCUUGGUAAGACGGGUGGAGGUGGUGGGCCGGUUGCUGGGCUGUUUUGAGGGCAUCGACCGGAGGCUGAGCCAUGCGAGGGGCUUUUCGAGCUUCGUGGCGGCGGCGAAGGAGCUGCUGGGGGCGUUUACGGCAAAGCUGAGGGAGGAGAUGUCAUCGCUGUAUGACGGGAUAUUACUGCUGGCGGCGGGAGCGCAGAACGCCAAGCCGAGUUCGGAGCAUGGCAAAGUCGACGAGGGAUUCUCGGAACCAAUUGGUGAUGGGCAUGAUCAUGAGCAACAACAGCAGCAGCAGCGUCACCCGGAAAACGAUAAUGGGUCCGCGAACGAGACGAUGGUUGACUCUGGCAAUGGUGACGGCAACGGCAAUGGCUCAGCAAGUGACGGUGGCAGCAACGUUCAUUCAAAAGGCAACGUAGAGGCCGUGACCCCGUGGACCCGGCAAAACCAAACGUUGAGAACGGUAACCACGACUACAACGACAUUGACGACAUUGACGACAUCGGACAGAGCUCCUUUGAAGGUAGGCCACUCUGUCGGCGUCGAGGCUGCAUUCAGCAGAAUCCCACAGAGGCGGGAGGAGGAGUCCGUGAGUAACAACUCCUCCAUCGAGUCCAUCGGCAAUGUGCCAGGCUGGAUGACGGAGUCCUCGGGAACAACAACAACAACAAGGGGGUCUCACGAAAUGUCAAAUGGCUCGCCACAGAAGUUGCAACCUUGGCACGACGAUUCCCCUAGUGUGAGCCCGCAGGAGGCCUUGGAACCAACCGUCCGCAUCUUGGAUGCUGUCGGCAACGAGUCUGCUGCCUUCCAUGAAGUGCCUAAUUAUGGGCUGGCAUCUCGAGGUGGGAAGGAGUCUGCUGAAGUUGUUGAUGACACUGACGACGACAGGGUCACGCCCGCACGAGAGGAGCUUUUGACUGACAAAUCCACCGGCGCUUUCAGCGGCGUCCCGGACGUGGUACAACCGGUCCGCGCAAAGUCCCCCGAGGUGCACGCCGAUGUUUCCCUGCGACGGUGGCAGAUGAACCACAGCUUGGGCGGCGACUGGCGUGCCGAGGCACCUUCGAGCGACGGGCGUUUCGUCUCUUCUUCGGACGGGUUUACGGACGGCGAUCCGCUCGCGGUCCCGACGCCAGAGCACCAGGCCAGGAGCGACGUCGACGGCGCGGCGUGCGCGGGCGAGUGUCCGAGCAAUGGGACGUCCGGUUCGUCGGGUGGUGCUCCAGCCAGGAUCUCCACCACGGGUCGCGAACUCUUAGACGCGCUCGGCAUGGCGCUGCAUGACCUGACGCGCCCCAAUGGGACCUCGCCACACGCGCCGAGCGGCGAGGCGGCGGUAUCGCCGAGCAACGUGGCGAGAGCCUUCAUCAGCGGCCUCCCCGCUCGGGGUGGAGCAGGGAGGCCGCGUCCAGAAGUGGCGGGCGCCGCCGUUUGGGCGACCGUCGUCUUGGGAGGUGGCGCCCUCCGGCGAGGACGUCCCACCGUGUCCGACCGUGACCCCGCUCGAAGUCUGGCCGGUCCAGACCUCGCGACCUCAGGUCGGGCCAACGUCUCUGAAAUGUCUCGCGACGUCCGAGAAGUAAAAACUCCCAGCUUGGUAGAGGAAGCUGAGGACCCACUAGGAGACGGUGAUGGGAAUGGGACGAACUCCUCUUACUCCGUGGUCAGGUCGCAAUCUCCAUCCGUUGCGUCCAGCAGAACCCAAGGCAAUGCGCAUUUGCCUCCGAACAUCCUGCGACUCGGUGAGACGUUGGAACGACGACAACCGCAACAACCCCAACAACCCGAUCGCAAUCCCUCCAGGGUUGGUUUCGGCAAGCCCGCGGUGGAUAAAACAUCCAGUGAAGGCUCGCGAAACCGACCGAGCGGCACCCAAGAAGAAGACGACAAUGACCCGAGCCACCGUUGGUUGGCGGACGCCAAGUCGGGAGUCGGCGGUGGCAAGAAUGGCACCGUGACCGCAGGCAGAUUCAACGCCAACGACACCGACGGUCUGGGGAAUUCCUCGUCGCUCGCGCUGGCCCAGCUUGAGUGGCUUCGCGACGUGACUGGCUGGGCCAUCAACCGAAUCUCCGCCCUGGCGGGCCGUGCCAACGUGACCCGGGCUGAGGUGAUACUGGUGCGGUGGUGGGUGGGCGCCGUUCAUCGCGACGGCCCCGCGGAGUCGAGUUGGGGUCACCGCACCGACGGGAUGUCCAUGUCGGGCGAAGAGCAUCGGCUGGCGGAGGUCACGCAGAAGAUUCUAAGGCGCCUCCAAGGCCUCCUGAACUCGACGAGGAGGUUGAACGCGACGGAUCUCGAGGUCCAGGUCCUCGGCAAGGUGACCGCUUUCUUCUGGAGCCGCGUCACGUUGCUCCUGAACGUGACGGGGGUGAGCGCGGGCGAGUGGGCCGCCCUCGCCAAUGCCACCGCGAGGCUGCGGGCAUCUGGCGGGAGCGUGGUGCUCUUCAAGAGGCCGCCUGGAGGUGUCGUGGUUGUGGAGGCGACGGCAAAGCUGAGGUGGAAGGCUCUGGUGGAGCGCGAGAUGGCGGGGCGAGCGCCACGGACGGACGACGUCUUCCGCCUGGGAGCCGAUGACUGCGCGGACGACAAGUUGGACUCCCGCCCAGGCGAGGGCAUGUGCAACCCCUUGCUAGAGGCAGACAAGACCUACAGGGUCAACAUGUUCGUAUUCGAAGGGAACUCUGCCGUUGCUGAAACGGGAUGGACAGAGCCUCUCCACACCCUGCCAAUGCGGUCCCCUCUGACCGUGCCCGAGCUGCGGCCCGCGCGGCGUUCUGCCGCCAUGGUGGCCAUCACCGUGACGCUGGCGCUGCUGUCGUCCGCCCUGGUGCUCGCCUUCGUCGCCUCCAUUGGCAUCCGGAGGAGGGAGGACGAGGAGGUGGAGGAGUCUCCGUAGAGGCCAGGACGGAGCCGCCGGGGCCACUCCAACCACCGCUGCCGACAAAUCCUGGGUUUGACUUUGGGUUUUCGACUCAUCGGUGAUUUAAGCUGACCGUCUUGAGUUGUUGUGAUUUGGGUUCACUGGAUGACGGUUGGACUCGGCUGGUCUGGCUUCUUCCUUGAUGCUGGGGCUUUGUUGCAUUAGGCUGCAUGGAACUUUUGAGGGCUGGUAUGGUCUGAUUUAUAGUUUUGGCUGGGCUAAGAUUGCAAUUAGGUGCCAUGGUGGCGAGAUGUUAACUCCCUCGCCCAGUAUACAGGAGAUUGUGGGUUCGACCCCGACCCUGAUACCUGCUGU